AUGACACUGCUGGAGGUGGCCGAACUGAAUGAAUGUCUGAAGAAGCGCCUCAAUAUCGCCGACACACCAAUGAUGAUGGCUGGACCUGCAGUGGCAGCACCAGCACAGGUGGAGGAGGAGGAGGAUGAGCAGCAGGUCUCGCAGAAGGUGCAAACCAGCUUUACGGUCAAGCUGAAUUCAUUUGAUGCAGCAAAGAAGGUGGCACUUAUUAAGGAGCUAAAAGCAUGUGUUGAAGGCAUGAAUUUGGUACAGGCAAAGAAGUUUGUUGAGUCAGCACCGGCGGUGGUGAAGGCAGAUGUGCCGAAGGAUGAGGCUGAAAAACUGAAGGAGCUGUUGGAGAAGGCAGUGGUAUCCAAGGCCAUCUAUAGAAGGGAUCGACCGGUCAUCAACUCGGGCACGGUGGACCUGGCUGCACUCUCGCGUCUGCCGGACGACACCCUGGGCCGGGAGUAUAUCCGCUUCCUGGAGCAGCAGAAAGUGACACCGGACAGCCGCGACCCGGUGCGGUUCGUGGAUGAUGCCGACCAGGCGUACGUGAUGCAGCGGUACCGCGAGUCGCACGACCUGGUGCACACCCUGCUCGGCAUGCCGACCAACCUGCUCGGCGAGGUCACUGUGAAGUGGGUGGAAGGUCUGCAGACCGGUCUGCCCAUGUGCGUCGGAGGUGGCCUGCUGGCGCCCCUCAGACUCAAACCAAAACACCGUCAGCGGUUCCGUACCGAGUGUCUGCCCUGGGCUCUGCGGGCCGGCCGCGACGCGCGCUUCCUGCUCUCCGUGUACUGGGAGCGGCGCUGGGAGCAGCCGCUGGCCGAGCUGCGCCAGGAACUCGGUGUGCCGCCGCCUCCCGACCUCCUCCGGACGGCACAGAAGCAGCAGCCGGCGACAGAGGCGCCGCCGGAGGCCGCCGCGCCUGCCCACUGA